AUGGAUCCGCGCCCUAAGGAAUACAUAUUGGAGGUCUUUGCUGACCAAACUUUUGUCAAGGAUAUCGUCAAAGGAGUCUUGCAUACGAUAUUCUUCCAUCGAUACUUCCCUCCAGUGCGACCGUCAUUGUAUACACCAACAGCGUCAUCUUCUCACACCUCGUCUCACUCAACCCAGUCUUUACCCAUCACACUGCCCUCUAUUCUUGAUCCUCCCGAAAUUUCGACUGCGAUUGACACCCACACGGCCCUUCUCCUCUCCCAACUUACACCACAAUCAUCAGCGAGUUCCUCAGUAGGUGGUUCUCGUGGUGAGAUCGUGGUGCGAUUCUUCGACCGAAAGAGGCGAAAAACUGGCAUUACAACAGGCUGGUUGGGUCGGCUUGGUGGCGGUGGUCAAACGGAAGAAGAAGUUUGUUGGGAAGAAUGGUGUGUGCAGGUUAUUGUAGCCAGGCCACGGAGUGAAGCGGACCGAAUCAAGGUCCGCCGGGCGAUGGAAUCGUCCCUCCAAAAAACCGCGAUGAAAGUCGUCGCCGUCGUGAAUAGAGACAAGGAUCAUAUCCCUCCGAUCACGACCAGUGAUCAAAACCCUUUUCCCUAUCGGAUAUUCGUCAAUCCGAAACAGCAGGAAAGCGCCGAGAGAGGAUUUGGUGGUUGGAAUUAA